CGUGCAUGCUGCCCUCGGCGUCCCGCCGUGUGGCGAAGAGCGCGGCGCUCGGAGGAUGCAGCCUCCCGCCGCUCCGGUUUCCAUGACUGACCCUUUGGCCGUGCUGGACCCCACAGGUAAGUCCUGCGGGCUGAGGGCGAGCAGAGCCGGAGAAGCAGCGAGGCAGAAGCAGGUGGGCUUAUAUUCCGCCUUCUUUCUGUACCCGGCACAGUUUUACACCCUGGGGAAACAUAUCUGCAUCUGCCGUUUUUGCUUCAAGUAGUUCCAGAGGGAGACGUACUACCUCGCAUGCACAUGGAUAAGUGAGAAGGGAAUAUAAGAUUUUAUUUCCCGCUCCAACUGGGGGGUGGGGGGGAGGAGACUGCAUUUUUCUCCCCUUCACAAAUAUUGGAUCCUCUCGAGCCCAGAUCACUCGUGUUCUGCCUGCUGUGAACUUCUAGAAUGGGGGUGUCUCUCCACCCCCUGAGUUGGGCACAGGGCAGAUUUCACACGACCAAGAAGACACGAGUUCAGAAGAACUUGCGCGUUGAGCUCUGGAGGGAGAAACCAACGGAGCCAAAGGGCCAGGUAACUGCGCCAAACCUUCUCCCACUUUGGAGAGACUAACAAGUGUUUGCAAAAAAAACAAAGAAACACCUCCCACCGGAGCUUCUAAGAGCUCUCCAUGUUCUUAGGAAGGACGAUUCAUUCUGCACAGUGAAGGCUCCCUAAUGUAUUUCAUGUCUUUGAACUCAUUCCUCCUAGGCACUGCAGCCCAACGUGGGAAGCUGACUUAAAGCGAGUUAGACCUUGAGUCCAUCUGCCUUAGUAUUGUUAGCGCUGACUGGCAGUGGACCUCCAGGAUUGCAGGCAGGGAAGCGGGGCAUUCCCACGCUUGCCUGGAAAUGCCAGUGAAUGAUUCUGGGGACCUUCAUCACGCAAAGCAGGUUUUGUAUCAUCCAAGCUACAACCCUUUCCUCAAAGACACGUUCAAGUAGAAUGAAUUAGUAUGACUUGUUCUCCUCCCCCAACCCCAAUAUAAUAUAGAUACAGUGCUGUUUUUCUAGAAGAAGAGGUGCCAGAGCUCACCACGAACUUCCUUGUUCUCUUAGAGACAGAUAGAUAGAUAUUUCAGAGGUUCCUUUGAUACUGCUUUAACCAAUUUAUUGCUUUGGGGACGGGAUGGGACUGGGAGGCGAUUUGAGUUUCUCUGCAAGGAUCUGUUGUCUGCCUCCCCCUCCUGACUAAGGAGACUCCAGUGCACAAUCAAGCUGUUAACUUUUUUCCGCCCCCUGAGAGGACUGCAGUGUACAUAAAUCUAUUCUUAAAUAUAUAUAUAUAAAUAGAUAAAUAAAAACAAGGCCACGGAAUCAUGCUGCAUGCUUUCAUCUGAACUAUCCAUCUUAAAUGUUGCAGGUUAUCGGUUUCUGGUUGAAAAUUAGUAGUAAUUAAAUAUAUGUAAUUACUUUCGAAAUCUUGUGUAGACAUGGUGCUUGUUUUACUGCCUAUCAUCGUAUGUCUUUAAACAGCAAUUGGGGCAAGCAGCUUAUUACCGAAGAGUCCCAUGUUAUGAUUCUCAGUGAUAGAGUUUUCCCCUUGAUAAAGAAAGAAAGAAAGAAAGAAAGAAAGAAAGAAAGAAAGAAAAGAGAUGAUAAUCCCACAGGCGUUAAUUGCCAUGCAGAUUCAUACAUGUGAAUCUCACUCCAGGAAUACAUACUGUUGACCAGGCACCCCCAAACUCAGCCUGCCAGAUGUUUUUGGACUACAAUUCCCAUCAUCCCUGACCACUGGUCCUGAUAGCUAGGGAUGAUGGGGGUUGUAGUCCGAAAACAUCUGGAGAGCCGAGUUUGGGGAUGCCUGCUGUUGACCAAGGCCAUGUGCAAUUUUUGCUGUGUUAACGUACACACAGGUGUUUUUUAAAAGGAAUUUUGUCACGCUUGAGCUAGCCCUCAGAUACUGAUUGGUGUUAGAUAAAAUGAAGAGUGGCAAUAUGAUUCAUGGUUUCUCUCAUAAUUUUUCCACACGUUGUCCAAAAAGCCUGGAGUUUGGGGGAGCAUUUCUCUGUCCAGGACAGAUACACUCCCACUCCUUUAGGAACAAUUCAUAUACAGAAAACCACAUUAUGUCGAAGCCUGCCCAUCUAUGAAGACUUAUGCAUUUUCCGGCAUUGAAAUCAUGGUGCAAAGGGUUAUGAAGUAACAAAAGAAUAAGAGUGCCUUUGAAAAUGUGAAGAAUGCAUUUCGUUCACCACUGAGUACCCACGCCUAUAUAGAGGGAAAUAUUUGUCCUUUCUGGGCAGCUUCUCCCAUCUCUUUGAAAAAGAAAUUUAGGGAGCCUAAUUGGAUUUAAAGAAAAGAUCAGGGAAGCCCUGUGUGGAAUUUAACUUUUGCAGUAAAGUUUCUAAUCAUAUGCACACUUACCUAGGAAUCUUAAAACAAGAAGAAGCACCCAUUCCAAUGAAGGAAAGCAAUUAAUUGGAAUCGUCCCUCUGAUUGCAACCGACAUGUGUGAGCACAUCUUGUAUUUUAGUUUUAGCCGUGUCUUAAAGAACACUGUUCUGACUUAAAAUUGUAGUGUGUUGAAUUGUCCUACCUUUGGGAAACACUAUUCCAUACAUUAUUUUAUGUGGAAUAGCUAUUGUAUCCUGAUUCUGUCCUCACUGUUUCAAAUAUAAGACUAGAACUGUAAUAAAUAGAUACGUUGACAACAUUUAUAGCCCAUGGUUUUGCCAGUCUUUAAUCAUCCUGAUUGUGUGGGCAAACGGAAGCUAAAUGAUGUUUAGAUAGAUGUAACUGCACAUUGUUUACUGGGGGGAAUGGAGGUUCAAAAGACCACAUUUCAGAUCUUUCUAAAAAAAAAAUUUUUGUACGUAAUUUGCAGAAUGGACAAAAAUCUGGCAAGGGAGCUUACAGAGAUGCAUGAGACUAAAAUAGUGGGAGGCAAGCAACUUGUUCUGGAUUUGUUCUGGAUCCUAUUGUUGAUUGUUAUUGAUUGCCAUGCAUAUGUUUUUUUAAAAGCCCAAUUACAACUCCCUUUAAGUAUUUUUAAGUCUCAUUGAUUUCAAUGAGAGAAUUCUGUACUUCGAGCUUCUUAAUUGGAAUUCCAGAGGGACCACUGGAUCAUGCCUUUUUUAUUUUUGCCCUUUUCCUGCUAAUCCACUUGAAUGGUAAUGUUGCAUAUUUACUAGUUCAUUUGUGCAGUGCUGCUGGUGGCUGUAGUUAAUUCAAUUACUGCAUGCAUAGAGGAGUCCUAGCUUAUCACCUUGUUCAAUAGCAAACUGGAAAACAUGAUACAAUGUGCUUUUGAGAACCUUAAGGGAAGAGACCGUUUGGAAUGUAAAGGUUCUCUUUUAGAAUCCUUCUAUUGAAAUCUGUUUCAAGCUAUGAUAUUUACAAUCAACUUCCAUUUUACCAGCAGAAUUUCCUUGCAGUUUACCUUUGUUUGGAAGAUAUGUGCUGUGAUUUCAGUCAAAUUUCCUUCUAAGGAAGCACGUUAAGGGCUGGGACAUCAUUGUAUUUGGAACAAGGAAGAAAGAGUUUAAAAUAAGAACAGGGUUAUAGAAUUGUUACUGUGCAGCCAUUUAGAGUUAUGGCCCACUAUUUCAAAUAUAUUAGUUUCCUAUCUUUCCAACAUCUUUUUACGCUGAUCUCUCGGUUCUUUUGACAAAAGCAAUGCCAGCAUCCAAUGAUGUCCUUCUGCUCAUGCAACAGAGAUCAGCUUGUGCAAUGGGACUUCCAGGUUCUCUUUCUCCUUCCUCCAGCUCUCCCAUGUGCCUAAAAGUCUGCUCUGGAAGGUCCGCUGAUGCCAUAGAAUAGAUAGAUUGAUCUUAGCCUUUUGGUAAAAAUAAAUAGUUGGUUUUCAUCUUCAGGCCCUUUAGGUCUUUAGGACUGUUUGUUUAGACCAUGCAAAGCGGGGCAUGAACAAAUGUUGCAUUGUGGAUUUCUCCUCUUCAGGACCUAAGCCAGCCAUGUCUGAUUCCAGGAACUCCAUUGAAUUCCCUUUCCAACCAGGUCCCUUCCCUCAGCAGACACUAUUAUCUGGCUACUGAGCAUUAGGCUGAUUACUUUUUGACCCAUUAGCUUUCCCACCUAAAUAAUUGUACUUCUGCAAACUUUGGGGUUCCUUUGAGCAUGCUGAUAUAUCCUUAAUUUUCAGUGGUCCUGUUUUAGCUACAAACCUGUUAGCACUCACCAUCUAAGUUCUUACACUGAUGUAUAAAGUGUUGGGUCUCUUCUGUUUGCGAGAGGGUUUUUAAUAGAUGCAAGGUUAUUAUUUUUUUAAAAAAACAACCUCUGUCUUUUCUGAUUUCCACAGUUGUGCUAUUCACAUGACAACUGGAUUUAUGUUUCCAUUUUAGCCAUCCCAGAUUACCUAUUUGAUAAAAUAUUUUUUACUUGCCUUUUUUCUGCCCUUAACUUGUAUUCUCAUAAAGUACUGUAAUAUAAAUGGCACAUAAAAGUCAGAUCCAAUACUUUAUUGCUUCCAUAACGUUCAUUAAAACCAGUACAAUGUAAAAUAUCUGUACUGUAUACUGAUUUUUGUCUGAAUAGUAUGAGGUAAGCAAUUCUUGCCAUCAUGACACACAAUAAAAAAUACAUAAAAUAAAUAAUUCCUGUUAAUUUUGUUGUUGUCUUGUACACUUGACUUUGGGUGGCAUAUUUAAAAACACUACUGCUCAAAGAGAUUUUCAUUAAAACUUUGAAAUAAAGACAAAUGAGGAUUCUGUUACCUUAACCAGUCAUUAAAUUAUUAAUUGGAGAAGUAAUUGAUACCAAAGCAAUGGAGUCAACAUUAAUACUGUAUUACUAUAGCUAAAUUAUUGAGAACAUAAAAUCAGGGUUUCUGUCCCCUCUUCUCUUAAAUUCAAUGAGCUAAGGAUCUGCAUAUAUAAUAUACACAACCAGGUUCUACCACGUAAAUUCAUAAUAGCCUGUCUUGGGGUUUGCAAUAGCACCUAUUUAUUAGUUUCUCUGAGUGCUGGACAAAUCAAACAUUUUUUCCAGAGGAAGCAAUUUCCAAAAGCAUAUUGUGGACUAUGCGCAUUAAGCCGUCACAUAUAGUAUGAGGAUGCAAUGUAUAAUGCACCAUUCUUUAAAUUUACCUGUACAACUUGCCUCCCCCCCCCAUGGACAAAUACAAUUCUUUAAAUGUUGGUGUUGCUACCAAACAUUUGGAUACUGAAUAUCAUGGUACUGAUAGUAUUCUCUGUGUGUACGUAUUCUUUCUUUUAAUAGCUGGUUCACCGUGUUACUGGUGAUUAAAUGUUUAGAACAUUUUUUGUAACACCAUGCAAUUUAGAAAGCUGUAAGGUCUUACACUCAAGUGGAAUAAACCUUACUUAUCUAAGUAAUACCCACUUUCUGUAACUCACUGUGCAUGGAGUUUGUAUAUACUAGGGAGUCCAGUCCUAUGCAUGCUUACUCAGAUGUGAGUUUCACUGAAUUAGUCUAAGGGCUUAGUCUAAGGUGAAUGAUAUAGGAUUGCAGCCAUUGUUGUUCAGGUAUCACAAUGCCCCAGACAGCAUUGUAGGCUUGGUUUUGAACCCUUUACAUCUGUUGGUAUGAAGGAACUCCUCAUUUUCAAGAGGUUGAAAUGCGACAAAAAACAAGACAGCAAUACAAUUAAAAACCAUAUAGCAUCUAUCACAGAAUACUACAGGUAUCUAGCACAACAUACAACAGACGGGGGGAUGGGACGUUUAGUAGCUGGCCAAGACCCUCAGCAAUUUUCAAGUGGUCCAUGGGGAACCUCUGUACUAAAUAAUUUCCCAAGGCAGUAAAUGACAUGAGAAAUUCCACUUUUUGUUGAAUAACUACUUUAGCUAUUCAGUUUCCUACCUCUUGGCUGGGCCAUGAAACAGACCAGGUAGUCAGCUAUACUUGCUGAAAUUUUCCACUUCUUCACAACUAUUUGCAGGAGCCCUGUCCCCGUUUCCAUCUAGAAACCAUAAUCAGGCAAGGGGUGGGUGCUCUCUGAUGGGACAAUCCUAUGCAAUUUAAACAACUCUUGUUGUGUUCAGUUGGGUUUCCUCACAUGGGAUUGCAGCCCUAAUCUCUCUUCUCUUUUCCCAUGGAUACAUCUAAUUAAUAUUUGAGGUGUGGUCAAACACUCCUGAGACAAGGAACCUGUACUGCACAGCACAACAGUUAAGAUGGGACAGAACUGUUUACUGAAAGAAAUCGCACGACUCUAAUGAGAAAAGAGAACAAUCCCAAAAUGUGUAUUGCAUAACAUGCAAACUGAACCAUGAUGAACACACUAUGUUGACCAGAGUGUUCUAAGGUAUCAUUAUCUGACUUAUAAUAAACUAAUCAAUGCUCAAAUCAGUAGUUGUGGAGGCAAAAUUAUUUGCCUUCUAAAUUUGUGACAUGGCAACUUUCAGUGUGCUAUCCAGGUGCUACUAUUACCUUGCCAACCAAAGUAGCCAAGCAAAAUUUAUAAGUUCACUGUAAUGGGUCAAGAACAUGUUUUCCCUAGGUUUUUCUUGACUUAUCAUAGAGCUGAAAGUGCCUUACAAAUGUUGCAAGCAGUAACUUAAGUCGCAAAUUAUGAACAUUACAGGGUUGCGACGAUAGGCAAAUUUGUGAGUUCUGGGUGGGUGGCUACUCUUUAAGGCGAGUGGGUAGUAAUGCUUCUAUGAAGAAUAAUACACACAUGCAUCUAUCCUACCCUUUGCAAAAGAAAAUGCACAAAUCCUUUUUUUAAGCAAGCUGCUUCAAGUUGGUGAUAACAUGGGCUUUAGCCUGCAGGAACUCACCACAACUACCUUUCUCUGGACAUGCUGAAAACAUGCAGAACAAUUGUUUUACAGUAGAAUCCAUCAUAUUGAGUUUUGUGGGGUUUAUUGGAGGGGAUUUCAGCUUGAAUUCCCUUGCUCUUUGUAUAAGCAGGGUGUUGGAGAUGAUUUCAAGGCAACUUUGCCACAGAACGUUAACUUCUGUCAUUUCAGAUGCCUGAGUGACUUUUGAAACCCAGCGUCCCACUUUUGUACCUUUCACUCACAUUUAGUCACGGGUUUGUAGAUGCUUAGAUUUCUGCUGAUGUAAAUCCAGCAGAUGUUUUCUUUAAAAACAUCUCUUCAGUAAAUCCAAUAGAACUUAUACUAAAACUUAUUUCUUAGAGCUUACAAACACAUGUUUUUUUCUCUAAGUAGGCAGUGUACAGGGACUUGUGCAUUAUAAAAUACUGUAACCCUGGAUGUAAAAUACUGUAAUACUGGACUUAACCAAAUAUGAAUGUAGUGGUUUCUAGAAGCAUAUUGAAUCUGGAGAGAUAGCAGGAGGAGGAAGAGACUCCUCCUGUUUUCUGGUGUGGUUCUUCUCUUGUGUGUGUGUGUGAAGGAUUACAAAUUCAAAGGACUAGCCUGGACCUUUAAAAUGCCUGACACUUGGAGUUAUGCUUCAGUUCUGCUGGUCCUUUGAACAGAAAUGUCAUUCCUUUUUAAUAGUAUCAUCCAUUGAAAACCCUGUGCUAGAGGAGGAGACGGGGAGAGAGAAUAUGAGAUACCAAAGAGACCUUUUUCAGAUUACUCUUGAAUCAUGGCUGCUCUUGCGUGCAGUUUGUCUUUCUAGAGAGCCUAACUAAAUGUUCCAUGCAGAUGCAGGCAAUAAAAUCCUAAUGGUCAAUUCAAAGAGGGGGGAAAAAGAGGAGAGAAAGCGAAGAUAAUUUGUGGAAGGGAGAAGCAGCUGAGAAGACAAAAUGCUUUAGCCUAGCCCUUUCCUGUGCCUUCUGAUUCUCUUCUUCAGAUCACUCUCCCCAGCUGCCCUCCCUCCCCAGUUAGAAAUGCAUGGGUGGAUUGGUGGAAGUGAAAUCAUCAGUAUUCCUGGUGGUGCCCUUGUGGAAAGCACCGUCAGGCUGGGGCUGAGCCAGCCUGGGAUCUGUUGGGUCCUGAGGUGGGUUUGGAUCUUGCUCCAGGCUGGUGCAGCAAUUUGUCUUGCUCCCUUUACACCCACUUCUCCAAAUGGUUUACAAAAGUAUGCACAAAUAAAUCUUAAUAAAAGUUUAAGCACAGAAUAAAAAAAACCAGAGUUUUAAUUACCUUUAAAUUGUGCAAAAUAUUACUAGAAAUCAUCAGGAGCUAAUCAGGAGCAUACCAAAUAUAGACCCCAAUACAGACCAGCCAUAAAAAGAUAACAGCCACUUAAAGAUGGAGGGAUGUAACCUCUCUAAGCUCAUGAAGACUUGAGAAGGCCCUAUUUCAAUAUAUUUUUUUCAUAACAGACUAACAGUGUCUGUGUGUACAUGCUUUAGUGGAACUCUGAACAUUGUCUACUUGAACAGCUCUGUCUAAGAGUUAUUGGUUCUUUGGUUUUUCUGCUUUGAGAGGGUUGGUGAGUAGACAGAACCUAAACUAUGUGAUUCAAGAGAGCUUUGCGCAUUAGCCCCUCCUCAGCUAAUAUCAUCUUCAGAAGGGUAAUUUAAGCUGGGAAACAAUGAAAGGGGACAGUUCUAAGGCCCCCAACAAAACAGCUCUUCACCAGACUCUGAUCAUGGCUCUCUGGCACAUUUUGUUUGACCCUGGAGUGUUGGGCUUGGCUAUUGGGUUUUGAGCUCAAAGCCAUGCUCACCUACAGGGUCAGCCUACCCAUGUUGCAGGGUAAAGUGGUCGUCUCAGGUGGCAGAUCUGGACUCCUCCUCCGUGGGCAUGCCACACUGCUCCUGACACUACUUUAGAUGCCCCUGAAGUAGAUGUGUGCCUACAGGAGGCAGUAGUGUGGUGGGGGCAGAAUAUUUUGCCCAAUGGUCAUCUGGUUCAGCUCCCUGCAAGGCAGAAAUCUCAGCUAAAGCAUGCAUGACAGAUGGCCAUCCAAUCUCUGCUUAAAGACCUCCAAGGAAUGAGAGUCCACAACCUCCCAGGGGAGUCCAUUCUAUUGUCAAACAGCUCUUACUGUCAGAAAGUUUUCCCUGAUGUUUAAUGGGAAUCUCCUUUCUUGUAACUUGAAGCCCUUGGUUCGAGUCCUACCUUCCAGAGCAGGAGAAAAGAAGCUUGCUCCAUCUUCCAUUUGAAACCCCUGAGAUAUUUAAAGAUAACUAUCAUAUCUCCUCUCAGUCUCCUAUUUUCCAGGCUAAACAUACCCAGGUCCUUCAACCUCGUAAGAUUUGAUCAUCUUGGUAGCCCUCCUCUGCACACAUUCCACCUUGUCAACACCCUUCCUAAAUUGUGGUGCCCAGAUUGGAGACAGUAUUCCAGGAGUGGUCUGGCAAAGGCAGAAUAGAGUCGUACUAUUUCGUCCGUUGAUCUGGACACUAUACUUCUGUUGAUGCAUGGAAUGGGGGAUGGGGUGCCACCUAGCCCUUUGGAUCAGGCAGCAAAAUGGCUUGAGCUGUCCCUGUAUGAAACUCACUGGAAAGCCUUAGGCAAGCUGCUGUUUCUUAGCCUACGCGACAGGGUUGGUUAUAAGGUUAAUUCACCAUUUUUAGUUCCUUUGUGGGAGAGUAGUGUUAUGUACUGAAGUUCUCACCCUGGGCCAGCAGGGGGAUACUGUAGAUAGUUUUCACUCAGGUCCGCAUAUGCAAAUAAGGGAUUGAAAGUGACGUUCAGUGAUUGGAUAGUUACAGAAAAUGGUUACUGUUGCGUUCUACUGUUGCGUUCUGUUCUGGCCUGUGAAUAAACAAGAGUUGUCUGAAGAAUUGCUGUGUCAUCUGAUAUGUUCACCAACAACUUAACAAGUAGGAUACAGGUGUAGCACAUUGCUGCCGCCUUGGGAUUUGUGCAUAUGUGUUGUGGUGCUUAUAAUAACAUUUCCUUCCCUCGCUCCACAGGGCACUUUGCAAAAAGGAAGAAAACUUCUCUAUGGUUCACAAUCGCCCUCUUGAUAGUGUCUGUUUUCAUACUGACCAUAGGCCUUGCAGCUACCACCAGAACAGAAAAUGUAACUGUGGGCGGUUAUUAUCCAGGAAUAAUCGUAAGUCGGAAUUAUAUUUUAGGGUUUCAAGUAUUUACAAUGCUGUGUGCCAUGCAAUGAAGUAACCAUUGUGCAGAAUUAUCUGCCCAACAAAGCUUUUUUGUGGAAUUGACAGCUCAAGAAAUGUUAACCUGAUUGUGUGUGUACGUAUGUUUGUCUGUGCAUGUGUGAAAGCGAAGACAAGCAAGCUAGCACAUCCUGAGUAGAUUAGAACAAGAUACUGGUAGAUGGAUACAGGGCUCCACUGCAAGUAUUGUUAGGAAUAUUAAUAACCCAUCUAUCUUUAGUUCUGAAUCUCUGUCAUGAGUAAUAUUUCAUGGAGAGAGCUGCCUAAAUGUCCAUUAUUUCCUACUGUGUUUCACAUACAUAGAUACAUGUUGCAGAGACUUGGGGAGUACAGAACAAGCUCAGAUUGAUAAAUAUGUGUUGGAAGAUAAGGUCUCAUGUGCAGCAGCAUGUAAAAUGCUAAAAUCCAAAAUGAAAGUUGGAACAACAAUACUUGUGGGAAAAUUUAAUCAGGAAGUAAAUUCUGUACUCCUGCCUCAUUUUCCACUGUUUCCAGAAUUUUAGGUAUUUUAUUUACAGUAAUUAGUAAACAUUUCUUCCUUCCCAUAUAGUUUAUAUAUUAAUAGCUGCAGUUGCCAUAAGCCUUGAACCUGUACAUACCGCUCAGUUGGAGCAACUCUAAAACAAGAUAGAAUCCCAGGCUAUUUGUGAUCUCCAAUAUGAUUUUAAACGUUGUUUGUAUUUUUAAACCUGUAAUGUGCAAUCUUUAACCACAUUUAAGCUGCUGGACCGGGUUUACACAUAGUGAUAGCAUGGUUUAAUAAAUGAUUGUUAAACAAACCAUGGCUUAACAUGGUGUGCAAACCAGGACACUAUCCUAUAUACACAGCUAAGUUGACCUGUUGUUUCUUUGUUCUUCGCCACAGCUUGGUUUUGGGUCCUUCCUAGGGAUUAUCGGUAUCCAUCUUGUAGAGAACCGGAAGCAAAUGGUAAGCACAUAAUAUAUUUAAAUGUUGUUUUAAAAAAUCUAUAAGAUUAAAUAUGUUCUUGCAGACCUCAGACAUUUCAUUCUCCAUGUAUCCUUCAACAGUCAAGUGGUCAGUUGACCUGUCGUGUUUCAACUCUCCCCUCUCCUGCGUUUCAACUUUUUAAAGGGGUAUAUGAGAUCCCUUCCAUUAUUUACCAUGAGACCAACAUUUUACCUAGGCAUGUUUUGGUUUCUGGUUUGCUUUUUCUCCCAUUGUUUUUCCUCCUGUAACUGAUACCCCAAUGCAGAUUUCAUAGUUGAGGGGUUGUCAGAACUUUGUUUGCCCUUAAGAAAACAAAUACAUAUUCUGUACAUGCUUUUUUGUGUAAAAUAAUAAAAAGUUAACCAUUGUGUAUCCCAUCAACUUUUCUGUUACUAUUCUUUUGUCAUGGGAUACUAAUGCAUUUUAAUGCAGUUUAAUAAAUUGAACUGUUUAUAUUUUGAAAUCAAAUCAUCCCCAGCUACAUCUUCAAAGGCCUCAGCUGGACUCGUGACAGCUACUCUGAAAACAAGUGGUUUUGGGGGGUUAAAAAGCUUACCAAAUUUGCAACGUUACCUUCUCCAAACAAUGAGGGUUAAAUCCUGCAGUGCUUUUGUUGUUCUGUAUAUAUAUAAAAAAAUCUAUUGAUAUCCAGAAAAGGUUCAAAUUAAUCAGAACUGCAAAAACCAAGUCAUUGAUUUUGUCAGCCUGCCUUCAGCUGUUCCUCACCUAAUUAUGAUUUUAAAAGCCCACUCUUCAUACUGAGCUUGAGUAAUAUUUCAAAUGAUGCCCGAGUAUAUAUAUUUUUAAGAAGCAUAUUUGUGGAGAGUCAUGAGCUCAGUAUAUGUACCUCUCGGAACUAGGGGGAUAUCUACAGAGGAUGUUGCUGCCCUAAGUGCUCCAUCAGCUUCAACCACACACAGCCCUUGUAGAGAGAUUAGUAAAUCAUUGUGCCUGCCUGCUCACACAUUCUUUAAAAGGUUAGCUCUUGCACGCAGAGAGCUACAAAGCCACCUUAGCAAUACAUAUACAUGGCAAGCAACUUGCACGCUCUUGCUUAAAAUUCAUACUGAUGCUUCCCUGAGGUUUGUCCAGUUCAGGCCUCCUACACAAUGUGUCACCUACCAAAUAUAAAAGCAGCCUGCCGGUUCCAUAUGUGGUGCUUGGCAAACCCCAUCCCCUUCAUUUGCAGUCGUAGGCUAGUGAAAACUGGAAGUUUAUUUAGACUUGCUGGGGAGCAGACAUAAAUGGCUGGCCUUACUUCAUGAUUCAUUGUUAGUCGUUUAGUCGUGUCCGACUCUUCAUGACCCCAUGGACCAGAGCAAGCCAGGCACUCCUGUCUUCCACUGCCUCCCGCAGUUUGGUCAAACUCAUGCUGGUAGCUUCAAGAACACUGUCCAACCAUCUCGUCUUCUGUCAUCCUUUUCUCCUUGUGCCCUCCAUCUUUCCCAACACCAGGGUCUUUUACAGGGAGUCUUCUCUUCUCAUGAGGUGGCCAAAGUAUUGGAGCCUCAGCUUCAGGAUCUGUCCUUCCAGUGAGCACUCAGGGCUGAUUUCCUUAAGAAUGGAGAGGUUUGAUCUUCUUGCAGUUCAUGGGAGUCUCAAGAGUCUCCUCCAGCACCAUAAUUCAAAAGCAUCAAUUCUUCAUGAUUCAUAGCAGGUGGGGAAUCUCAGGCUCAGCAAUCCUUCAGCUCUCUGCAUCUGGCCUUUGACAUUUUCUACAAGUGCACCAAGGUGAGCAAGACCUGACAAGCAUUUCGUAGGUUUCCAGUUACUAGAGAUCUUCCAUUGUUUUGGCAAAUUCUGAACUGUUUUGAGUCUGAAGUAGCUGCAGUUCCUUAAAGCAACAACUGAACAGCAAAUCCAUCUGCGUUAUCCAACGCAGGGUUUUGGCAUUGCGAUGGAUGCUCAUGACUGAGUAGUUAAUCUAGCUGACCAGCCUCCCUAUUGUAUACAGUAGUUGAAUCAAAAGCCAGCUAUUUGUGGGACUGGAUUGUUACCUAGUUUUGUUACAUCGUAUUUGGUAUUGAUUUUGUAAUAUUAUUAAUGUUAUGUUCAUUUCCUGCCCUUCACCAGCAGGUCUCAGUGCAGGUUACAACAAUGUAAAGUUCAAAAUUCAGAACAUUCAAAACAGAUCACAAUCACAGGAAUAGGGUGGGCUGUGAAAACACAAAUCUCAGGUGCCGAAAGCCAGAGCAAAGAUAUAUACCGUAUUUUUUGCUCUAUAAGACUCACUUUUUCCCUCCUAAAAAGUAAGGGGAAAUGUGUGUGCGUCUUAUUGAGCAAAUGCAGGCUGCGCAGCUAUCCCAGAAGCCAGAACAGCAAGAGGGAUCGCUGCUUUCACUGUGCAGCGAUCCCUCUUGUUGUUCUGGCUUCUGAGAUUCAGAAUAUUUUUUUUCUUGUUUUCCUCCUCCAAAAACUAGGUGCGUCUUAUGGUCUGGUGUGUCUUAUAGAGCGAAAAAUACGGUACAUGUUCACUUCCUAGUAGCUAGACUUUGAUAAUUUGUACUCCAGAUUAGGCUUUUGUUGUUCUUCUUCAGGUUUUCUCCCCCAUGUUUAGGGCAGGGGUAGCCAAUGUGGUCCCCCCAGAUGUUGUUGGAUUACAGCUCCCAUCUUACAUUUAUAGUCUAUUUUUCUUCUUUCACGUUUCAUAAAAUGUUAAAAUCACAUCAUCUUCUUCUUCUUCUUCUUCUUCUUCUUCUUCAUCAUCAUCAUCAUCAUUAUUAAACAUCUCAGAGCAAUAGAACCCAAAGCAAUAAUCCAUCCAGACACUGACCAGACCUAGAUCUGUUUAACUUCAGCAAAGUGGUGGUAGUGUUAUGUUCCUUCAAAUCAUAUCCAUUCUGGCCACUGACCAUGUUGACUGGGGCUUAUGGGAGUUGGAGUUCAACAGCAUUUAGAGGGUACCUCAUUGACUACCCUCAACUUAUGGGGUUAUUCUUAUUUUUUAAGGUCCCCAAAUCUACAAAUGGCCUCCCACUCAACAACACUACCGUACCCUGUUGCUCAGAGCAUGCAAAAAAGAUCAAGGCUACACUUGUGUGCCUUUUCUACGUGUUAUAAUGGAUUGCCUCAACUUUUCAGAAAUGGAGAACUUCAUGGAUUUUUUAUCCGCACCACUGAGUUAAAACAUAGUAAUGCAGCGAUGGCCACUUGCCUGCCUGUGCAAUUAUACAGUGUACGUGCAGUUUUAUUCCUGCAGAUGUUAGAUUUUUGUAGGAGGCACAGAUGGUGAAUCUCACACUUUAAGCUACAAACCCAACCCUUCAUAAAAUAUUUUGAUGGGUAAUAUGCUCUUCAUAAAGUGCUGAUACCAAACAAUUUGAAGAACCAAAAUAUGGCCAUGAUUUAUUGUUCUGAUUCAGUGGUAUCGACUAAGGAAGCAAGAUUAAAAAAGCUGAACUAUGUUGUUUGGUGAUGCUUCAGGUACUCUUUGGGCAUUACCACAAGCAUCUGUGAGAGCUAGGGACUUACUAUGAUGGGGACCCCCAAACCUCGGAGCAUGCAACAGUCCUCCCUUAUACUAGAAGACAGGCCUUAGAAGAGCCUUAAUCCCACCUCUUGGAUCUAAGAAACCCAGCCGAUCGUAAGAUAGGUGACAGGAGAAGACAUGCUCCAACUCUUCUACAGAGCUGUUUCUGGAGCGCAGGAUGGGUCGGAAAAAGAGGAGGAAGAUGCAGGUCAGGCAAGUGAAGGACCAGGUGCUUCCCCACUCUCUCCUGCACAAGUGUCUCCCAGAAUCAGGAGGAGACUGACGAGGGAUGAGUAGAGGAAGAUUCCACGCAGGCAUAGUCUCCGACUGCGUGCAGGCAGCCCGUCGGGGGGAGGUACAGAAACUGGUGGAGGGGGAGUGACGCCCUGUUGCAGCAACUGCUCCAUAGAACGCAGACCUGGGAAUAGUUGCCUGGACGCUAAACUGGUGUUCGUGGCUAUUCGGAGCCAUAGCUUUGACAAUAAAGAGUUAGCUAUCUGCUGUUUAUGGGAUGCGGGUGGCUCUGUGGGUUAAACCACAGAGCCUAGGAAUCAGAAGGUCGGUGGUUCGAAUCCCCGCGACAGAGUGAGCUCCCGUUUCUCGGUCCCUGCUCCUGCCAACCUAGCCGUUCAAAAGCACGUCAAAGUGCAAGUAGAUAAAUAGCUACCACUCCGGCGGGAAGGUAAACGGCGUUUCCGUGUGCUGCUCUGGUUCGCCAGAAGCAGCUUAGUCAUGCUGGCCACAUGACCCGGAAGCUGUACGCCAGCUCCCUCGGCCAAUAAAGCAAGAUGAGCGCCGCAACCCCAGAGUCGGUCACGACUGGACCUAAUGGUCAGGGGUCCCUUUACCUUUACCUAUCUGCUGUUUGCGUUGUUUUGGCUGGGGAACACCCUUCACAAUAUAUAUCAGCAAAAUAAAUUAAUAUUAUUAUUAUUAACAACACAUGUGAUCUGAUUAGGGCAGUUAAAGUCUUGUACUCUCCAACUCCAAGUAGCUCAGCCUGCGUUUUUCCUUCCCUUCGGUGGCAUUUUCUGCUGAAAUAGCAGUACUCUGAACUACAGCCAUGAUGACCUCUGACAAUGGAACUGGCAGGCUGUAGCGGGAUGUUACACUCUCCUGCUGCUGUUGUAUAGUGGGGUCUUAAGAUGACGCUAUUAGUUAAAAUAGACUGGCUGUUUUAAAAAGUGAAUAAGCGCCCAUUAUGAUAGACUCCCAUAUUACAUCAAUUGGAAAAAUGCCUGCAAUUGAUAGCACCUUUGGGGGUUGGGACAGGGCUGGAAUAACCAUUAAACAAAAUAAUCACGUGCUUAGGGCUUCAAGGGAAGGGAGGGGCACCACAGAAACUUUCCAUUGCCAGAUUUACCAUGAACCAGCAACUCCACUUUUCAGUUUACAAAUUCUGAGAUGAAAUCUGUCUAUAUUAAUUAAAGCACGAAAGCACAAGAUUCAGCUGUAAGCUAGUAAUUAAGUUGUUCAUCUCAUGGAAUAAAGUGAAAGUAUACGAAAAUAAGCAUCGUUUUCCAUCUCACUGUAGGUUUUCUUUCAUUUUGAAAAAGAGGUUCUCAUUUUAUGGUUUAUUAGUGUGUGUGUGUGUGUGUGUGUGUGUGUGUGUGUGUGUAUUUGUUGUUGUUUAGUCAUUUAGUUGUGUUCGACUCUUUGUGACCCCAUGGACCAGAGCACGCCAGACACUCCUGUCUUCCACUGCCUCCUGCAGUUUGGUCAAACUCAUGCUGAUAGCUUCGAGAACACUGUCCAACCAUCUCGUCCUCUGCCGUUCCCUUCUCCUUGUGCCCUCAAUCUUUCCCAACAUCAGGGUCUUUUCCAGGGAGUCUUCUCUUCUCAUGAGGUGGCCAAUGGAGCCUUAGCUUCAGGAUCUGUCCUUCCAGUGAGCACUCAGGGCUGAUUUCCUUAAGAAUGGAUAGGUUUGAUCUUCUUGCAGUCCAUGGGACUCUCAAGAGUCUCCUCCAGCACCAUAAUUCGAAAGCAUCAAUUCUUCGGCGAUCAGCCAUCUUUAUGGUCCAGCUCUCACUUCCAUACAUCACUACUGGGAAAACCAUAGCUUUAACUAUAUGGACCUUUAUGGGAACAAAAUCUUUUAAGUGCAUAGGGCCUCUAAAGUUCUUAAUCCGACCUCUAGGUUGGGGGCAAAAGGACCACCUCCUGGUCCAUGUGGUAAGACAGGCAGGGGAACAUGUUUUCUAAUGACUUCGACAUUCCCAAUUGCUGGCUUUCAGAAAACAGACACUCAGCUGCUGCAGCAUAGUAGUGGUGAUGUGCCUCAUCUGCUGGCUUUAAGGCCAGUUAGUGCCUACACCCUCUGAAGCAGUGGUGGACUUUGGGCCCUCAAAUUUCAGCAGCGCCCUGUGCGAUGCUAAAAUUCAGCCUCCUGCCUAUUGUGCUCUGUUCUGCAGCAUUGUUGUGGCUGCACCUGUUGCCUAAAACCACCUCUGCUGUGAAGUUGCCUUUCUUAUUAGUUGUUCUAACAUGACUGCCCUUGAACCUUGAAGUUGCGUCGGACGUUCAGGUUCCAAAGAACGUUCGCAAACUGGCGUUUGGGAGCCAAAACGUUUGACUUGCAAGGUGUUCGGGAUCCAAGGUAUGACUGUAUUUUAAAAGAGUAAACAAUAGAAUUACACAUUGUAAUUACACAGAGUAAACAUUGCUGGGCUAAACAGAUAAGCCUUCUAACUUUUCUGGAAGGGCACCUUGGAGGAACAUUGACAGAAAGCUUUAGGAAUGCUGUUCUAAAGCUUUUGAGCUCUGAUUCAGAAGGGACUGCUCUUUCCAUCAGCAGUUUACAGUACAAUCCUAACCAUGCUAGACAGUCAGUGUGAUGUAGUGAUUAGUGUGUUGGACUAGGACCUGGGAGUCCAGAGUUCGAAUCCCCACUAAGCCAUGAAGCUUGCUGGGUAGCCUAGGGCCAGUCACGGUCUCUCAGCUUAACUUACCUCACAGGGUGGGUUGUGAGGAUAAAAUGGAGAGGGACACGAACUUCCUACACCACCUUGAUAUCCUUUGAGUAAUGGUGGGAUAAAUAUAACAAUUUAAGUGUCUACUCAGAAAUAAGUCCUAUUGAAGGCAAUGGGGCUAGCUCCAAAGUAAGUGGGGGUUAAGUUUGUAGUCUCUCAUAAGGGGAAGGCUUUUGGCCACAUGACCUGGAAAAACUGUCUGAGGACAAACGUCAGCUCCCUCAGCCAAUAAAGCGAGAUGAGCGCCGCAACCCCAGAGUCGUUCGCGACUGGACUUAACUGUCAGGGGUCCUUACCUUUACCUUUUCAGGAAAGGCUUGCUUAUGUGAUAAGGUUUAUUUGAAGAGACCAGGUUAGUUUGGGGAAAUUUGUGACUCCUAUCCAGAUUUCCCUGAUCCUGAGAGCGGAGGAAAAUAACCUCAUCUUUCUUUUGUGUACAUUGUGAGACAAAUAUAUGGCAGAAUUCCCGAACAGGUUUCGUGUGCCAUCUCCAUCCAUAACGCACAAAAAUUGUGACAUUUGUUACUAUGGCAACUAAACAGGAAAAUAGAUUUAAUAUCCUGGUAAAAGGGUAUUCAGUGAUUGAAAUUCAUCACAUUCUGCCUGAGUGGUUGCUGUUGGUGUUGAGGCACCUGUAUUGUCAGCUAGUGACAGGGUGGUGAAACAGGAUCAAUAAUUAUCCUGUGGAUUCUAUGUCAUGUCUUCCAUGCAGCAAACUCCCCAUCCCCAUUCACAACUGUGUUGAAAUGUGGACUCCACCUCUGCAGUAAUUUUUAUUUUUUUAAAACACGAGUUCUUGCAAGGGUGCUCAGUCCUCGUUCAUUAAGGCAUCUUAUCGCUGCAGUAAGCAGCAAGCCUCACAAUUUAUGCCCUGUCAACCUAUUCUUUCCAAAGGUCGGUGCCUCCGUAAUAGCGCUGCUGUAAUUGAGACGACACUCGAGGACUGUCACACUAGAGGAGAUAUGAUUAUGUCAUGGGUACUGGGUGUUCAUUAUUCAUUCAUGUCUAUUCUAGCUGUCGCACUUGCUACAGUUACAAUGGCUCUCUAAUGAGAAAAGGGUUUUGCAGCUACCCAACUAUAGAAUCUCUUCCUAGGGGGAGGGGGGGAAGCUAUUCAUAAAGAUCUCUUAAUGAGUUUCUCUUUAAAGUCCUUGAAGCAUCCCCUUGUUCACAUGGUCACCAGAACGGGUAAAGGAUUAUUUCCUUUCCGCCAUUCAAAACAACACUAAAAGAGCAAAGUGCUAUAGUUUAUCAUUACAUAUAGUCAGGUGGUGAAGGUGCCAAAACAGACAAAAAUUAAGAUGACACUGGGAUGACCAUACAUUGGAAAUGGUGAGAAGGGGGGAAUCAGUGUGCCUAUUGCCUGUGACUAAACAAUAUUGAUUUUACAAACAAAGCAGAAUCAUUGAUUGUUGUUGUUUAGUCGAUUAGUCGUGUCCGACUCUUCGUGACCCCAUGGGCCAGACCACGCCAGGCACUCCUGUUUUCCACUGCCUCCCACAGUUUGUUCAAACUCAUGUUUGUAGCUUCGAGAACACUGUCCAGCCAUCUUGUCCUAUCUCGUCCCCUUCUCCUUGUGCCCUCAAUCUUUCCCAACAUCAGGGUCUUUUCCAGGGAGUCUUCUCUUCUCAUGAGGUGGCCAAAGUAUUGGAGCCUCAGCUUCAGGAUCUGUCCUUCCAGUGAGCACUCAGGGCUGAUUUCCUUCAGAAUGGAUAGGUUUGAUCUUCUUGCAGUCUCUUCCAGCACCACAAUUCAAAAGCAUCAAUUCUCCGGCGAUCAGCCUUCUUUGUGGUCCAGCUCUGACUUCCAUACAUCACUACUGGGAAAACCAUAGCUUUAACUAUACGGAUCUUUGUCGGCAAGGUGAUGUCUCUGCUUUUUGAGAUGCUGUCUAGGUUUGUCAUUGCUUUUCUCCCAAGAAGCAGGCAUCUAUUAAUUUCGUGACUGCUGUCACCAUCUGCUGUGAUCAUGGAGCCCAAGAAGGUAAGAUCUGCCACUGCCUCCAUUUCUUCCCCUUCUGUUUGCCAGGAGGUGAUGGGACCAGUGGCCAUGAUAAAGCUGAGGAAAUGGUGCAGCUCUUGGGCUUUGACUGCCGAAUGGUCUCUCCUUUUCCCACUCACACUUCCAUUGUAAUGGUUUAUCUCUCCUCCCAUGGGCUCAUUCCUGUUUGGUAUAUGAUGAAUGUUUUGAGCUGCAGCACUUAAUAAUAAAUACAGGGGUUUUUCAUUAUAGAUGUACAGUACAUAGGUCAAGCAAUGGGACCUCUGCCGGUGGCGCCAGUGGUAAACCUCAGCGCUCUAGGACUUGCGCGUCAUCGCAUGGUCGGCGGUCCGGAGCCAGCGCUGCUGGGUGAGCUCCUGUCGAUCGCGUCGCCAGCGUGCUGCCCACCUGGCAGUUAGCCAGCACCCAGUAAAGUGCAAGUAGAUAAAUAGGUACCACUCCGGCGGGAAGGUAAACGGCGUUAUCUGCUGUGCUGCUCUGGUGCCGGCUCGCCAGAGCAGCUAGGUCACGCUGGCCACGUGACCGGAAGUGUCUGGGACAGCGCUGGCACCCGGCCUCUUAGUGAGAUGGGCGCACAGCCCUAUGAGUCUGGCAAGUACUAGGCCCGGUAUGACGCACAGGGCUACCUUUACCCUAGAUGUACAGUACUUAUCAGCAACAAGUGAGAGUUUGGCUAUGCAAAGCAGUAAUAGCAGAACUGCUUGAGAAUUUUUCAUUAUUAUUAUUCAGCCUCAUAAGUAGCGAUAAGCUUAGGAAAAGAUAAGCUUAGCAAUGAAGGUGAGUUUAUGAAGAGAGAAGCGUAUCAUUUCAUAAUGAUGAUCGUUGAAAAGUGAGGUGGUAAAAUAGGCUAUGCCACUUCUGGCUUGCAUGUGGGAUGUGGCACUUUUUAAAUUAAAACAAAACAAAGCUACUUGCAAGUAACAUACACAUUGCUGAGAGAGCAUCUGCUUCAGCCAGUUUGCUGCUGUGAUAGUUUUCUUAUUUGUAGGGACAUUUUUAGGUGUGAAAGCAUUACAAAGACUGGUCCUCUACCUGCAGCCUGAAAUAGUUCAGUCUGUCUUACCUCCUUGUAGUCUAUUACUUCAUUUCCACCUCAUGCGUGCAUUCUCAGCUAAUUAGUUCUUAGCUAAUUGUGUGAAUUAGAGCAGGCAUAGGCAAACUUGGCCCUCCAGAUGUUUUGAGACGACAGUUCCCAUCAUCCCUGACCACUGGUCUUGAUGGGAGUUGUAGUCCCAAAACAUCUGGAGGGCCAAGUUUGCCUAUGCCUGCCCUAAAGCUAAUAUGGGAGUUAGCAUUCUGUUCUCACAGUAGCCGUAUGAGGUAGGUCCUUACUGUUCCCAUUUUAUAGAAUGGGCAAUUGCAGCUGAAGAAACCAUCGAGGAUCAUUCCCUCCCAGGUGCACCUACAACAAAUUUAUCCUAUUAAAUGUUUUAAAUACCCCAGUUCAUUGGUGUGGUACAAGAAAAGGUUGCUAGGCCUUUUGAAGUGCUGAAUGGCCUGUUUGCUAUUUAUUGGCACAGACCAUUUACAGAUUUAAACGAUUCCCUGAUACGCAUCUCUGUGGUGUUUGCUUAGCCGUCCACAGGCUUUAUUUAUUUUAAAAUAUUCAUAGACCACUUAAACAUCAAAAUGUGUCAAACUGGUGUACAAGUGAACGAAGGGCACCCGAGGCCAACAGCCAACAAUAAAACAGCAUUAAGUCCAAAAAUACUGUAGUAGUGUUAGUUUUAUAUAGCAUGGUUUGAAGAGAUGUUCUGACCUGUUGGAUUAAAUGCCUGUUCAAAAACAUUUGGAGCUUCCUAGGGAGUCAACUUCUCUUCCUCUGUUCUGCAACACUGCAAGUUGGAUGACCAAGUGUUUCAUAAUCAGGUUUCAGUAAGUGUGUGAAUAUAUACCGUAAUAAUCUAAGUCCACUUUUCUCUUUCUAGUUGAUAGCGUCCAUUGUGUUCAUCAGCUUUGGAGUGGUAGCAGCUUUCUGUUGUGCAAUCGUUGAUGGUGUGUUUGCAGCACGACAUAUAGUAAGUAUGCCUUUUUGAUAUUCCUCUCUCCCCUGGUUAGCUUACGCUUCGUGCCUACUAAGCCAUUUCUGGUUGUGGUGAAGUUCUAGUGAUCCACUUCAGGUUCAGCAUGUGAAGGGUGUAGUUGGACCAUUAGCAGUUAUGCAGCACGCACUUCCAUGUGUUCAGUGUGGUUCGCAUGGUCUUUAAGCAGAGGCUUGACAACCAUAUGUCAGGAGUGCUCUGAUGGUGUUUCCUGCUUGGCAGGGGGUUGGACUCGAUGGCCCUUGUGGUCUCUUCCAACUCUAUGAUUCUAUGAUUCUAUGAUUCUAUGUUAAGAUCAUUAGGAAAGGGACCAAAAAUAAAACUGCUUAUAUGAUAGUGCUUGCUUUGCAAUUUUCUGCUGCAGCAACACUGCCUAUGGUUAUGGACACCACAUCUCAAAAAGGAUAUUGUAUAGCUGGGAAAGGUGCAGAAAAGGGUAACCAAAAUGACUAAGGGACUGGAGCAACUCCCCUACGAGAAAAGCUUACAACACAUGGGUUUUUAGUUUGGAAAAAAUGGUGUGUAAGGGCAUUGGGGGACAUGACAGGAGUAUAUAUAGGGCCACAAUCGAAACUCCCAUUCUUCUAGGCGCAUUUUGCGACAGGGAAUUUCAUUAGCGUGAGCAGUUUCUGAGCUCUGGGUGCAGUACUGAGCCUAAGAUUUCAUAUUAAAACUGUAGAGUGGAAGGAAAGGAGGACCUUUUUCUGCCUCUCCACUUCCAGCCACUCUCUGAAGACUGGAGAAGAGACCCUUCUAAGAAUAUCAGGAUGGGUGGGCAGGGGAAGCAUGGCUUUGUGUUUUUUUUACAGUCUUCAGAUGAGGACUAGAACCAUGUGAAAAACGAACAUAGGAUUUUAGCUGCAGUUCAUUCAUUUUCAGCUUUGUAUUCUCGUUAUAAAAAAAGCGCGCCUAGGCAUUCCGUUGUUGCGCCCAUAACCUAGGUUUAAGAUGCAACUGAACCCCUAGCUUUCAUAUCUCAGUUUCUAUCACUGGAUAGCUGGUGAGCUGACUGAAUUGCAUUCCACCAUUAUAAAAUUAUGUGUGGUAUGGAGAAAGUGGCGAGAGAGAGUUGUUUCCUUCUCUCUCUUUCAUAAUGCUAGAAAACAGGGCCAUUCAAUGAAACUGGAAAUGCUGGAUGGUUCAGGACAGACAAAAUAACGUAUUUUUCGCUCUAUAACACGCACCCGACCAUAACACGCACAUAGUUUUUAGAGGAGGAAAACAAGAAAAAAAAUAUUCUAAACGAAACAGUGGAUGUAUGAUUUUUGUGGUUCAUGCUGUGGCCACAGACAUGCGAUCUGACGGUGAGUUUGGGAUAGCCCAAUGCAAAAAUCCUGAGGAUCCAUGUGGAUCUAUGCUUUGUAACCACGUUUUUGCACCACUGCGGCCCCAGGCAACAGUGGGUGCGUGAUUUUUUUGGAGCAAGCUGUAGCCAUGGACAUGCUAUGUAAUCUGAUGGUGAAUUUGGGGUGACCCAGUGCAAAAAUCCUGAGGAUCCAUGUGGAUCCGUGCUUUGUAACCAGGCUCUCUGCCCCUCUCUUCUCCCCACUCAGUGGCUCUUCUCCCGCUUUGCUGUUUCAAAGCGAGCCACGGAGGAGGGAAGGAAGGGGAACCAUGGAUCCUUUGCUCACGACUGCAGCAGAUCCCCCUGCCAUCCGUAGGCAUUCGCUCCAUAACACGCACAGACAUUUCCCCUUACUUUCUUGGAGGAAAAAAGUGAGUGUUAUGGUGCAAAAAAUACAGUAAAUGACUUCAGCAAUCAACACAUGAGUGGGAAAACGCCUAUUGUGCUCAUAAUAAAAUACUAAUAAUAAUAAAUUUUAUUUAUACCCCGCCCUCCCCAGCCAAGACUAGGCUCAUGUCAUGCUUGCAGGCUUCUCAUACACAUUUGUUUGGCUGCUGUAAGAAUAGGAUGCUGGGGUUUUGGUAUAAUCCAGCACGGCUCUUCCUAUGUUCUUAUUAUUUCAGAAAUGUUUACAGGGAAGGCAGUACUCUCUUUCCUGUACAGCAGACAGCGGUCUGAGGCAAAGUGAUGUUCGAUACCUAGGUAGGUUACUGUGAGGAGAACCUGAGCUUACAGGGUUAAACAGCUCAGAGUGUACGCCCUGCCUACUGUUGGGAGGGGGGAACUUCUGCGUCAUUUCCGAGAGCCUCAAGCCUUUGUUCUCUCUACUUUCGCUUUUGAGGAGAGAGGACGUGUUUUCACGAUGCUGUUCACUGUGAUAGAUAAUGGAUAGUCUGCUGUAAAUAAAACUGCUUUUAGCUGCUAAGAUCCUGAGUGGACUUUAUUUAAGCACACUGAAGCAGGCACUGGAGUUUUUGCGGUCUUUCUCUUACCGCUGCUGAUCUCUGCUUUGCUCAGAAGCAUCGGAAUGUGGACUUUGGAAUGCAGAGGCCUGGCCGGCAAGAGCUGUGCGGUGGGAAGCGUGCCGGACGUCAGGCUUAUCUGAGCAAUAAAUCAAUCUGCUCAACAGUUACUUCCUGAGUUUAUGUCAAAACUUGAACUAGAGCAGGCUUUCCCAAACUUGGGUCCCCAGCUUUUUUUUUUUGACUACAGUUCCCAUCAUCCCUGACCACUGGUUCUGCUAGUUAGGGAUGGUGGGAGUUGUAGUCCAAAAACAAACACAAGUUUGGGAAACCCUGAACUAGAGUCUUCCUGGUUCAUAGUCUUGGUCACUUGGCACUCUGAAACUGUUGGGGAAUUUAGUGAAUCUGAGGGGGUGAAAGAUGUGGAGAUAAUAAUAAAAAAAUAUAUAAAAAAUAUAGAGCUAGAAGAGAGAAGUUAAUUUCAAGGUACAGAAGUUUCACAUACAAGUGUUGUUUUUUUCUUUUUUGAAAGUUAAUGAAUAUAUGGAAAUAUGGAAGAAAAUAAUAAUAAUUAUUAUACUCACUUCUCGAGGCUCCAUAAUCCCCCCCCCCAAAAAAUGGGUCAUUAUUGUGAGGAAACCACAGUAUAAAAAUAUAUGAAGUGACAGGAUUGUGUGAUGGAGUACUACUCAUGUCAAAUAUAACUUAACCACCCUUGAUCACAGCGAAAUAUAUAAUGUGGCAUCUUAUUUUUAUUUCAAUCAUGUUUUCAUUAGAAAGAGAUGGCAAUCGUUUAUAAGAAAUAAUGCACACUGUGUGCCUGUUUCCUUUUUCUUUUUUGCCUGUUUUCUUAAUGCAGAUAAUUUAUUUCUUUCCUGCUUUUCUUAAAAAGUCAUGCGCAAAAUAAUGAAAGUUAGCUAUGUUCUGUCUUUCACAAAGUACCUCCAGCUUUUUAAAAAAUAAAGGAGAGGGGGGGAUCCAUUGUUAUCACAUGUGAAGAUGGCAUAAAUUUGGCACAAACACUACUGAAGAAAAAUGUAUUUCAGGAUAUAUAGCUCCACAUGAUUUGCCCCAUUCAGAGGAAAAAAACACUUCACUUAAUAGAAAGCUCUAUAGAAAAGCACUUACAAAAAUUAGAAGCUGAUGUAAAAGGGACUUGAUUUAAAGUACCCCUGUCUCGUGUGAGAAAUCGUAAUGCAGAUGUCAUUUGCUUUGUUCACAUUCAUCCCAGCGUUUGUGUAUUCAAAACCACUAUUCACCUCCCCCCCCCCAUUUUUUAAAAAAGUGGAAUGCCUGGAUCAACUGAAACAAAUAAAGGUGGAAGUAGUUUGUAAUGAUGUUAGUUCGGGGCAGGGCGGGGGGAAUACAGAUAUUACAGGAAUCCAUUAUCUGUGAAUCAUGUUUGUUGGCGGUAUAUUGUUACACAGCAGUAGAGCUGGCCCUUGCAUGUAACUUAAUAUCCUUUCAAAACAACAAAACAACCUUUUCACCAGGCCUGUAGAAGACAGUUGCUCCCCCUUGUGAUUCUAUAGCUUGGCGGGGGGCGGGGGUGAGGACAAACUUUCAAGGCAGGUCUCUUCAUCCAAAUACAGUGGUACUUCAGGUUACAUACGCUUCAGGUUACAGACUCCGCUAACCCAGAAAUAGUACCUUGGGUUAAGAACUUUGCUUCAGGAUGAGAACAGAAAUCGUGCUCCGGUGGCAGCGGGAGGCCCCAUUAGCUAAAGUGGUGCUUCAGAUUAAGAACAGUUUCAGGUUAAGAACAGACCUCCCGAACGAAUUAAGUACUUAACCCGAGGUACCACUGCACUUAAAAGGGAAUGGUGUGGGUUGGGAGGAUAAGGUAUUUAUUUUGCAAUGCGCUUCUCCAACCAAAACAUGUCUAAACAAAUGUGAAUAUUAGUGGGGAGGUGUGCAUAAAAUGUAUCUAUUAGUGAAAAUAACAUACAAAAUGCAUUCUAUUAGGGACGUUGCUUGGGGGGAAAGUGCACGUUAGGGAAAGAGUGCACACACACAAAAAUGUAUUUUGAAGAAAUUUAUACUAAAGUGCUGAUGAAUGCUGAGGAUUACCGGUAAUUGCAAUCUAAUGAUGGCAUGUGAGCAGAAUUUAAGACUGGGAAAAUGAGAACCUGAGGGAAGUCAGAUUUGACAGUCAAAUUCAGUGUAGUUUGCUUCUGAGUAAGCGUCAUAGGAUUGCACUGUUAGGUACUUUUCCUUCUGGGAUAUGGGUGGCGAGGUCUAAACCACUGAGCCUCUUGGACUUGCCAAUCGGAAGGCUGGCAGUUCGAAUGUGCACAAUGGGGUGAGCUCCCAUUGCUCUGGCCCAGCUUCUGCCAACCUAGCAGUUCAAAAGCAUGCCAGUGCAAGUAGAUAAAUAGGUACCACUGCGGCGGGAAGGUAAAUGGCAUUUCCUUGCGCUCUGCUUUCCUUCACGGCGUUCCGUUGCACCAGAAGCGGUUUAGUCAUGCUGGCCACAUGACCCAGAACGCUGUCUGUGGACAAACGCCGGCUCCCUCAGCCUGAAAGCGAGAUGAGCGCUGCACCCCAUAGUCGCCAUUGACUGGACUUAACUGUCCAGGGAUCCGUUACCUUUACCUUUUACCUUUACUUUUCCUUCUCCUUCAUCAAAUAGUAAUCAGUAUGAGUUAAUUUUUAAGAGUAUGGCAAAAUCCUGAGUGGGGAGGCCCUUAUUAAAAGUUUAACCUCUUUCAUUAUGGAUCCUUUUUUAAGAAUUUGUGAAUUCCAUGGUGCCAUCUGGUGGCCUUUUUCUGGAACAGGAGGGCAUUUCUGGGAAGAACCUCAUCCUGUUCCAUAAAAACCACAGUAUCAUACAUAGAACAUGCUAUAAAAUGAAGAUUUGGGACAGCAUGAUGCAUGAAUCAUGUUAAUUUUAGUGCCAGGGAGCUUUUGACACUAAAAAUCCCACAGGGCUGUCUUUGUUAGUCUGUUGCCUUAGAAACAAACAAAGAAUCCUGUGACACCACAGAGACUGAUAAAUUUGUUAUGGCAUAAAUGGUUGUGGACCUCAGGCCAUUUCAAAUAAUCAGAAUGGCGCCUCUUGUUCACACAUGCCUACUCUUUCUCCACUUAAUCGUAUUGACAUAUUUUUGGAAAAACCAAUGCUACCAGUAAAAUUCAUUCUAUUUAUUGGCUCUCUGUUAAAAAAUAGAAGCAAUUCUGUUGAUAAACGGCAAGGCAGUAGGAAACCGAACUCAAAUAAUAUGCGAUGCCCUCCCCACAAUUAAAUUAGCCAAUCGCUUUGAAGGAAAACGUUAGGCCUAUUUUUCCUUCUCCAUGGUGGUGCAAGAUGCAAAAUCAUAACUAAUUACCUUUAAUAUCAUUUCCUGAGUGAGUCAUUAACGUAAUUGCACAGCUCAUAUGGUAAUUUCUUUUAUAAAAAAAUUAAAUUAGCAUUCAUCAUUCCAAAUGGGAAAGUAACUUUAAUUCACUUCUUGGGUUUAGAUUUUCUUUGUGUUUAAAGCUCUGUGGCCUAUUUUAUAGCUUUGUUUUAUUUUUCUCAAGAGCUUUUAUAUGAUUGGUGAUGAUUAGUUAAAGGGACAAAGAACUUGCAGCUGUUCAAAUGUUUUUUAACUACAACUCCCACCAACCCUAGCAUAGCCAAAGCUCAGGGGUAAUGGUACUUGUAUGCCAACAACAUCUGGAAGGCUGUAGGUUCUCCUUUCCUGAUUGAAAGCAAAUAUCUGGGUGUUUUCCUAGAGAUGAUAUGAAAUGUAUAUAAAAGACCUAUGUAUAUGUAUAUGUAUAUGAAAGACCUACAUUGGCUCCCAGUAUGUUUCCGAGCACAAUUCAAAGUGUUGGUGCUGACCUUUAAAGCCCUAAACGGCCUCGGUCCAGUAUAUCUGAAGGAGCGUCUCCUCCCCCAUCGUUCUGCCCAGACACUGAGGUCCAGCACCGAGGGCCUUCUGGCGGUUCCCUCACUGCGAGAGGCCAAGUUACAGGGAACCAGGCAGAGGGCCUUCUCGGUAGUGGCGCCCGCCCUGUGGAACGCCUUCCCAUCAGAUGUCAAAGCGAUAAACAACUACCUGACAAUCAGAAGACAUCUGAAGGCAGCCCUGUUCAGGGAAGUUUUUAAUAUGUGACAUUUUAGUGUAUUUUUCAUCUUUGUUGGAAGCCGCCCAGAGUGGCUGGGGAAACCCAGCCAGAUGGGCGGGGUACAAAUAAUAAAUUAUUAUUAUUAUUAUUAUUAUUAUUAUUAUUAUUAUGUAUAUGUAUAUGCAAUUUUCCUGGUAUUUCUUUAUUUUGAAAAUGUGUCUCAGGCUACGCGGUUUGCUGCAACUUUUAUGCCAUUAAUUCCUUUCUUCCAAAUGGGGCUGUGCUUACAAGGCUGUAGCCUGGACCCAGAUUGUGACCUAAGUGCAAACAGUUUCUCAGGUUUCCAAGAGGACCAUUUCAAUUAGCAACAAGCCAUCAAUAACAUGAUGGAAAACUGGACUUUUCUCAGGCAAUAAGCAUGUUGAUACAGUUGUAAGGUGUACCUUCCAACUUACUGGAAAACAAAGUUGCCCAUAGGACACAAAGGCUUAAAACUACAGUGGUACCUCGGGUUAAGUACUUAAUUCGUUCCGGAGGUCUGUUCUUAACCUGAAACUGUUCUUAACCUGAAGCACCACUUUAGCUACUGCCGCGCUGCCGGAGCCCUAUUUCUGUUCUUAUCCCGAAGCAAAGUUCUUAACCUGAAGCACUAUUUCUGGGUUAGCGGAGUCUGUAACCUGAAGCGUAUGUAACCUGAGGUACCACUGUACAUAUUAAGAGUCUUGGUUAAGGCUCUUUUUGUCUAGGGAGACACAUUAGAACUUUCCAUACAAAAGCACAAGAUUGGUUGCUGAGGUGUCUGAACACUUUAUUACUCUUACAUUUUAAUAUUGUAUUGUGAGUGACACAUGUAUUGUUUAAGCGCUACGUGCUUUUCUGUCAAUUUGACAAUUGUUUAUUUUGCACCAGAAAAAUAGUAGCAUCCCUUUUUAAGAGGGGUGAAAGAGAUUAAUAUAUUUUUUGGAUAUGCAAGUAGGAAAAAUCCAAGUCUGAGUGGCGUUAGAAUAUAUCACCAUGGCAUCACUGUUUGUUUGAAAACUGGCUUGAAAAUAGCGCUGUGUUUUUCAACCCAGGAACAUAUGUUCCAUGUCAGCAUAAAAUCAAGCAAAGUUGAGUUGGCAGAAAUUACUUCACAAGGACUUUACAGCAAGGUGCUUUAUUUUAAUGCUAUUUGUAGUGAUGUUACAAAUGUGGAUUUUUUUUUAAUGCAGUGCCAUGACAACAAAUGUAUAGCAGAUAAACAGAGAAAGUUCUUGGCCCAAGAAAAGCUAUGGAGAACAUGGAAGCAUUCAUAAUUAUUAUAAAUAAAUCUGAUCACUUACCUCUCCUGAUUUUUGCAGUAAUCACAGUGAUCUGCCUGGCUUAGAGCUUCAACUUACUGACCUUAGUAUUUUAUCUCAAAACUGCUGAAGAAGUGUAACUUAGACAUAUGUUUAGAAGUUUCGCUAUAUAGAGGGGUAUCUGCCAGGAGCUACUAAUUUCAUAGUCAGCAUCAGAGAGUAAAAAUAGAAAAAUGCAGAUACUGCAAAGGAAAGAUGAAUUCUCUGCCUGGCAGCAUAUAGAAUCCCAAGCUCAAGACAAAGUAUACCCCAAAUACAUUAUAGGUUUUGUGGCAUUGUCUCAUAAGUUCAGAUCCACUGUGAGCACAUUUAAAUCUAAAUAAAGGAGAUAUAAUUUUUUUUGCAUGUGAGAACAAAUUCUGCCAACCUCUGAACUAUCAGGUAGUUAUGGGCUGGAACCAAGGUUGAUUCUCAGAUACUCAGUACCAGUUGCUUUGUCUUGCUUUUAAAAUAUCAAAUUAUUUUGUUCUGUUUUUAAAAAAUAUACAUUAGUGCCCUUGGGGUGCAAGUGGAGGGGUGGCACCUCUGGUGGGUGACACAUUGUGCUCCUUCUGGGGUCGUUUGUCCACCUUUGGUCUCCACCCAGCUCUCACCUGUCAGAAGCUGUCAGCAUGCAACAACAGCCACACCCCGAGAAAUGGCUUCGGGUGACUGGCAAAACUGGGUGAGGGUAGCUGAUUGGUCUCAAACGCUUGGUGAGUUAGGGGCUUCACCCAGCAUGCAAAGGCAGGCUCCAGCAGAUUUAGCAUAGUGGGUCCAACGGUCAAGGAGCCAGUUUCUGCGUGCGCUGUAGACGGAAGUGAGAGGCAGAUGGGACUCAUCAACCUGGGAAGGUAGCCCUUCUAGGAGAAGGAAGCUUUGAUCCUAAACUUCUGCUGCCUUGUGGGAUAUCUUCAGUAGACGAAAAGGCUAAGGAGUAAACCCUAUACUUUACAAAUCCAGAGUGAAGUCCCUAAGGUGGUUGGGGUGGUGUCUUGUAUGCCUCCUUUUGGCAACUCCUGCAGCCCAGCUGGUGCCAAGUGUAUUGCUCUGCUUUGCUUUGGACCACAUGAGCGAAGCCGAUGGUCUUGUUGUCUGGGCAUCCCAGGACCUCCAUACACACCACCCAGGCUUGUGCCCCAAAGAGGUCACUUUGGUGCUGCUAAAGUCUGGCAUCACCAACAGAGGCACACUCCGUCGUUUCUAGAGACAGAUGGAUGGCUUUCAAUCAUAUUCUCAGGGCAGUUGAAUUGCCAGUUGGUUUUGGAUUUCUAGCUCACUCAGUCUCAAACAUGGGCAGUGAAUGAAAACAUUUAAGCUAGGGGUAGGGAGCCUUCUGUUAGAUUCCAUGUGCAAUCAGAUGAAAGUCUGACAGAUCAUGGAAUGUGUGUCCUUGCUUUGGAAAGCUAGUGUAAGCUUUAAAAGAUCUGUAGCUUGUGCUUUCUGAUUUCACACUUUCUAUGAGUUGUAUAGAUAUAUCUACCUGCCUCUAGAGGGCGCACACGCUCUUCCUAAUAUUGGAAACUUUUAUUUUAAAAAAGUAGUUCAGCAUUCUGUUCUCACAGUUGCCAACUAGAUGCCCAUGGGAAGCUGACAAGCAGAAUGUAAGUGCAGUAGGAGUCUAUCAUUCUGAACUGAUGAUCAGGGGUUGCUGAACAUGACUAGUAGUCUCUGAAAGCCAUAUCGGUCAUGAAUUUGUCAAAUCCCCUUUUAGAGCUGUUCAGAUGGCCAGCCAUCACUACAUGUUUUAGUGGUGAAUCCUAGUUGUUAUUAUGGAUCUAUGUCAGAGGAUCAGAGACCCUUGUAUAUAACUCAGCAAUCAGGAUUUUCACCUAAGUCUAUACCCAAAUGAAUACUGGGGGCUCUUGAAAACUCUCCCAACACAGAGGUUUGGGACAUUGCAGGGCAAUGACAUGAAGCGAAAUUCUCUUGCACUUUUCUGCAGGUUGUGGAAGGCUUGGUGGUCCUUACUGUGGGUGUCUAUGUGAGUUUUGAUGAUACGGUAUAAGAGAUAUUCUGCUUACACACACACAGAAAUAAAUGAUUUGUGGACGUAGCAUGUGUUGGACAGCAGUUAGCAAAUAAAGCUGUCCAGUGAGUUCUUUAUAGACAGUUCAGUAGCAGUAUUUUCCUAGCUUUUAGAUUUGGUCCAUUUCACUUUUCCAUUAGAUUUGGUCCAUUUCACCUUGCUGCUGUUAAGCAAUUAUAAUGCCUAUAGAUAUGCACUAUAUGUAUUACUCAUGUGAUUUAUGAGCUACUUAAAAUAAAAUCAGGUUUCGCCUCAUUUUGAUUCCUUAUUUGGGGGAAGGGGUUUGUUAGAAAGCUCUAGUCUAGUCUAGUCUAGUCUAGUGCAUAAUCAUUUGUGCAAUGUAUUUUGAGAUCAUUGAUGGACAAGCAAAGCUUCCCACACGGAUUAGGAAAAAAAGGAAUCUAGUUUGGAAUCUUUGCAAGUUUGAUUCACAGAGUUAAGCUUGAAUUUAAGCUAACCACCAAAAGCAACAACUUUAAGCAUGGUUUGUGGCGCAGUAACCAAAUUCUGCAUGGUUUGUGUGUGUAACAAGACAAGAUAGAGUGCUUGGUGGGGAAGAAAGUUGAUUUGACUGUAAUUGGAAAACUGGUUUGGGAUAUCCUACUUUUCCUGAAGACUCGGGCUGUGUUCACACAUAGACUCUGAAAUGUACAGGGGUCAUCUCCCCUCAGUGUUAUUUUGUACAUAGAUGUUUGCAGUUGUACACACCUUCACCUAAAGCAGCAGCUACUCUCUGCGUUGUCUGUACCCACAGGUGUGCAUGUUUUAAACUAGUGUGCAAUUGUGUUUUCUAUUCCUCUCUCCUCAAUUAGUGUUUCCACAGAUCUUUUUUAAAAAAAACCAGUCUUUCGAAAGGUGCUGGAAACUAGUAUGUUGUAUCUUGAUAUAUAAAUGAUAUGUAUCAGUAUAAAGAAGCAGCUAAGUUACUGUGCUGCUUCCUGUUCGCCUAUUUCAUUCAUAGACAAGUCAAACAUACAUUCCCAGCACAAAAUGGAUUAUAACUGUUCCUUUAGACUGACAGUUAGUGUGGACCAAAGAUGAUAUGGAGAUGGCGUGUGCACAGCACACCGAAAAGGUGCCUGCCUCCAUCACUGAAUGCACGUUGCCAUGCAGGGUGUGCACAACAUCAGGCUUGCAGUCUUGAGUCUGCGCUUGGAUCCUGCAUUGCUCCUGUAUGCACAAGAACUUUGAUCAAACAAAGAAUUUGUUAAGCAUGUAACUGGAGAAAAGAGGAGGGAAUGCCCAAGCAGAGUUUAUUCCCAAUAUUCCUGACUAUGGUUUGGAGGAUGACAAGUAGGAACCGUUAGGAUUCUUGCUCCGUAUUUGCAGUCAUGAGAUUGUUGUCUAUCACAUGGCGGUGUAUGUUUUCAUUCCACAGUGUGGGAAGUGAUGGAGACAGGAUGUUUUGAUGUUACUGUGUUCCGUGGUGUGGGACUAUUGUCCUUUGUUUCUUUCUCUCUUUGCAGUCUGAUGAGAAAGAGGAAGGAGCUAAAGCAGAAUGCUCCGAGUGUAUUAUAUGUAAAUAAAGUAGAUUAGCCAAAAUGCUGUACUACUGAGUUCUGUUACGCGAACUGCAAAUACUCUGCAGGAUCGUAAGUGUGCUGAUGCCUCUUGGUAUCAGUCGCUGUGAUGUUCGGGCUGAAGAAAGCUUUGGAAGCUCCCGAAUGACCAGGAGGGAAAGAACAUGCCAGUCGGGCAUGUGUCUCUGCCAGGGUCCUACACGAGAGUAGGAUGAUCCUAACAGGAACUAGUUUUCGUUACUGCCCAACUGCUCUUGAUAUUAGGAAUUGUUUUAGGAGAUCCAAUCUAAAUGUUUAUUUCUAUAACUUAAACCUUCAAAAUUGCAGUGUAUGAAUUGCCACCAGGGUAGAAUCAAUCCUUGCAUAUGCAUCAGUAAGGAUGAUUAUAUUUUCCCAACACACAUUACCCUCCCUGCUGAACAUAACCACUUAUGUCUUGCUUCCAAGCCAACAAUUGUGUGUUAGAAAGGAAACACAUGGCAAAGUGUUCCUUGGCUAUCUAAUUACCUAAAUGGACUUAACAACUUUACAAAAUUGAUGCAGUUUGUCUGGGAGAUAAUUGCAAUAAUGUAUCUCAAAGCCUUAUCUUUUUUCUCUUUUUUUGCAGGAACCCAGGCCUUUAUAUAAUAAACGGUGCCAGUAUUAUUCAAGUGGAGUUGGAUUCUUAUAUGAUGUUUACCAGACCGAGGUAAGCUAUUAUAGUGUAGUUUUUGUAGCUUUAUGAAUGGGGAAAGCCACUUCCAAGAUGACUAGGAGUAUAAAUGUUUUGCAGUCAAAGCACUUGGCCACUGUGGAUUUAUUUUCCAGACUUAAAACACACUAUCAUAUUUGUAACAAGAAUAUUUUCUUUGGAAUCAAAGCUAUUCUCAUUCCAUUCUUGUUGCUUAAUGGUCCCUUGGAAUGCAUUCCUUAGACAUAACUCUUUUUUUUUUGUCUUUCUCUUUUUUACUGAGUGGCAUAUUGUCAUAUAUACCCAAGUUCAAGUUAAUAGGUUUAUACUGGCCCCAAACUACAACUCUACAGUGUAAUAGUCUGACACGGUCCAACAAUGUCUGCAUUUCGUAUUCAGAUUUAUUUUGGGUUGCGGUUCUGCAGCCAAGUACAGGAGCAGUUGUGGGCAAAUGGACUUUUGACUAAAACCUUACACUGAAUACAUAUUGUUUUUGGUCUGUGUUACUGUAUGUUUUAUGCUGAGCAUAUAUAUGUUGGCAAGUUCCGAACAAAAGGCCCAUCUAUUGUUUUGCAAGCAGGACAAGGAACAGAAACAAAAUUGGCCCCAAGGAAAGAUGAAUUCUGUAAAAUAAAACAGAACAAGGCUACCUAACAAAGUUGAAGGGGAUUUGAGCAGCCAUUUUGCUCAUGGGGAUUUGUUUCCAAAACAGCUCCAAUUUCUGACCACAGUGCAUGGUGUAAACUUAGUGAACAGAACUUCAAGUCUCCCAAAUGAAGAUUUGCUACCUCCUCUUUCUUCAGGUGACAUGUUACACCUUAAACAGCAAGUGUCUGCUGAAAGUGAAGAGUAACACAUGCUACUGCUGCGAUUUGUACAAUUGUGAAAAGUAAGUACCUGUGGACAGCAGGUUUGGAGGGCUCCUGUCAGUCUGAGCCUCUUCAGCCACAGUCUGUUGUAACCCAAUGGAUGCUGCAAUCUGUAGUCUUAUAAAGCAGACACGUACUGUAUCUUCCUGCAAAAGUCACUAUUAUAGGAGGAGCCUAUUCAUUUGCUUUUUCAGCCAGGCAUGUGUUUAUAAUGUUAGUCAUAAAAUCUGGGGAGAAACUAUGCUUUACCUGGCUGUCUAAUACAAACCCACUCAGAAUGAAUGACGCAGUAGAAUACAUCAGCCAGGCCUCUUUUACUCCAGUUCUGAAGAUCUGCUAUUAAACACAAGUUCAGUGGGGAAUGGGCAAUGACUAGGUUUUUCCCCUGUGAUUAUUAUUAUUCCACUCAUCUGACUGGGUGACUUCCAACAAAUUAAAACACAGUAAGAUUUCAAACAUUUAAAACUUCCCUAUACAGGGCUGACUUUAGAUUUCUUCUAAAAGUCAAGAUGGUUGUUUAUUUCCUUGACCCAAAACACCCUCCCUUGCUCAUAUGCAUGUCAGCACUUGUAGAAGAAAAUGCCAUGUUUUUGCGAGAGACGAAAGUGGAGUGGGCAGAAGGGGAACCCAGUUGGAAAGUAGCUUGUAGAUUUUGUCACUAAUAGAUAGAGGGCCUUCUCAGUAGUGGCGACCGCCCUGUGGAACACCCUCCCUUCAGAUGUCAAGGAAAUAAGCAGCUAUCCUAUUUUUAAAAGACAUCUGAAGGCAGCACUGUUUAGGGACUUUUUUUUUUUAAAAAAAUAAGAUAUUUAUUAAGAUUUUCAAAAUAUUACAAAAGAAAAAUAGAAAAAAGAAAAAUACAAAAUAAAAUUAAUUCAAGUCAAUCUUUCAAUUACUUAUUUUUCAUUAGCUUGUUUCCCGGACCUCCUCACUCCUCCCUUUUUUGUAUUCCAGUUCAGUUUGUUAGUUCAGCAAAUUCUUCCCCUCUUUGUUUAUCCUAAUCUCUAAUCUUAGAGUAUUGUAACAUUAAAUUUUUACCUGUUAGUAAUCCAUUUUUCAUAUUCCCUUAUAAUAUUUCUGCUAAAAACCAUUUAAUUUAUAUCCAACAUCAUUCUAACAUUCAUUAAUUUUACAAUAUUUCUGUAAAUAGUCUUUAAAUUUCUUCCAAUCUUCUUCCACCGACUCUUCUCCCUGGUCUCGGAUUCUGCCAGUCAUUUCCGCCAGUUCCAUGUAGUCAAUCACCUUCAUCUGCCAUUCUUCCAGAGUGGGUAGAUCUUGUGUCUUCCAAUACUUUGCAAUGAGUAUUCUUGCUGCUGUUGUGGCAUACAUAAAAAAAGUUCUAUCCUUCUUUGGCACCAAUUGGCCGACUAUGCCCAGGAGAAAGGCCUCUGGUUUCUUCAAGGUAUAUUUAAAUACUUUUUCAAUUCAUUAUAGAUCAUCUCCCAGAAAGCCUUAAUCCUUGGGCACGUCCACCAAAGGUGAAAGAAUGUACCUUCAGUUUCUUUACAUUUCCAACAUUUAUUAUCGGGCAAAUGAUAGAUUUUUGCAAGCUUGACUGGUGUCAUGUACCACCUGUAAAUCAUUUUCAUAAUAUUCUCUCUUAUGUUUAGGGACGUUUUUAAUAUUUAAUGCUGUAUUGUUUUUAACACUCGAUUGGGAGCCGGCCACAGUGGCUGGGGAAACUCAUCCAGAUGGGUGGGGUAUAAAUAUAUUAUUAUUAUUAUUAUUAUUAUUAUUAAAACAGAUUCAUUUAUUCUGCCUGCCCCAAGCAGUGGCCUUAAUUUCUUUCUAUGCUUUCUAUCCAGAAUUUACUUAGGUUACUCUCUUUGCUUGGGCCACUUCCUGCUCAGAUGCAAACAUUAGGAUGGCUUUCAGACAUUUUUGUUUUCAUUUUAUUUUUUUGUUUUCAAAUUUCUAGUCUACCCUAUACCUAACCACAGCCAUUUUAAAAAAAAAAAAAUCUAGCCACCCUCCAGAAGUAGUACACAUUGGAAAACUCCUUCCAUCACAAUGUCUGGCAAACUGCUAUAUUUUGAAUACCAGAAAUGUCAUCAGUUUUUCAUUGUUUGAAUGAGAGGACGAAGGGAAAAGUAGGUGCAUUCUGGGACAUCUGUGUGCAAAAGUCCACACAGAUGUGCUCUGGGUUUUCUUUUUGUAAAUUGCUGCUGAUGUGCUGUUCUUCCCUCCCGACCCACCCCCUUCUCACCAGCUCAGAACACUCUACCAGCUAUUACGAGUUCCUUGGCGUGAACAGCUGUCAGGAUGUGGUCCACUUGUACCGGCUGCUCUGGUCCUCCACUGUCUUGAACAUCAUCGGGUUGUUUCUUGGCAUAGUCACAGCAGCCAUACUUGGGGCAUUUAAAGAUGUGGUAAGUCUCGAAAUGCUAGAGGCAUUUUAUACCGAUGGGAGUCAACGCAGUAGGCCUCGGGCUUCCAUGCAGAACAUGUGGUUGGGGCUAUUGCACAAGGAAUGUCUGGAGGGAGGGGAUUAACUCUUUUAUUGUCAAAAGUACAUUUACAAGUUAGGAAAAGGCAUGUCCCCCAGACCAGUGUGCCUUGGCUGUUGCUGUAACUGCCCUAUCGGGUGCACACCUAGGAGUAGCAGAGAGACCCAAGCUGUGGACGAGCAGGAGAAAGACUAUGCCUGCAUGUAACCUGUUUCUGCUCCUCCCUGUUCAGUCCUCCCCUGGUCCUGUGGGAGGCAGUGGAGCAGGAGAGGUGGGGGCAGUAGGAGAAGAUGUGGAAGGACUUGACUCUACACCAGCCUGACCUCUCUUCUCCUUCCUCUUGCACCUGUUCACCACUCUCCAAUCCUACAGCUACUCCUGCUUCUGCCUCUUGUUUUCUGGCUGUUAAUGUCUCUUCCAGAUCACAGAUCCCUUCUCCCAGUGCCCACUCAUCAAAAUUCAGCCACCACCCCUCAGUGUCCAGACAAUCCCUGACAUCUUGUAUUUUUAUGUUGCUGUAGCCUAGCCUAGAACUUUAUGUGAAAGGGCAAGUAACAAAAAUGUUUGGAGGUGCUAGGUGUAGAGUACAGUACUAGGUUUACCCAGAGAUUCCAGGGUGUCUGGAAGUCUUUGCCUGUGCAGCUGUAUGUGUGAAGUUCCCACCCCUAUAGAUGUUUUCACUGUACAUGCAGACACCAUGGGGUGAGCGGGGACUUCUUGACACAUGUAGCAUCAGGGGUCAGGAUGUUUCAUACAGCUCUGCUCCAUGUUGUUAGAACACCUUAAGGCUAGCAUAUCGUCACCUUGACACAUCAAAGGUGCCCUGCACAUGCAGAUUUCUAGCUGCAUGAGGAACUGCACAUACAAUUCCUAAGUCUUAAAGCAGCCUUCUUCAACCUGAUGCCCCCCAGAUGUUUAGGACUACAACCCCCUAAGCCAAGAGUUGUAGCAAGAAACGUCUGGAGGACACCAGCUUGGUAAGGGUUGCAUUUAUCGUUAUGGUUUCAUGAGUGCUGCAGCAGUAAGGUGGGGGGUUUUUUUUGCCAUAAUUAUUUUUUGACUGCCAGACCCAGUCUUCCCACCCCUCCCCUCUCAAAUGUCUGAUGUCAUUGCCCAAAAUCUGUCUAUGCUGGCAUUUACACCACAGAUGAUGGGUUAAAGGUGGGAUUUGGGUACAUACAUGUUCAGCAGCCCACUGAUACUGAACGCCCAGAGCUGCUCUGUGCACUGAGGCCUUGAAAACCCAUGGAUUUCAAUGGAAUUUAAGCAGCCUAAUUUUGCACAGGAUUUUUGCACUUUGCCAUUUUUUGUACUUAUUUUAAUGGCGAAAGUUGUCUUGGUUUAGUCUCCCCCAAGCUGCCUAUCUGCAUUUCAUGCAGCUGGUUGAUACAUUACUCUCUGAGAUGCUCGAUUCCUCAAAAGACAGGCAGACGCUUUCUAAAUUAUUUGUUUAAGGCACACGUGUUCUUUUGUGACCUAGAUGCCUGAAAAUAUUGGUUGGAAGAGUAAUCUUUAGGAUGAAAACCACAGGCAGGAUAAAUAGAACUUCCUUAGUUCUCUGCUUGUUGUGCUCAUGUUGGAUUUCCAUGCAUCUAUUAGCUGAGGCUGAUGCCUGAAUAUGCCAGCACCUUUGAAAGUCACACUGAAUUUGGAGGACCUGUGUAUGCACCAAAUAUCACGUAGAGUAAAGUUUCACGUUGAGCUAGCAUUUGCCAUCUUGUAAUUUAAUGUCAGGUGAAAGAAAGGCAAUUUGAACCAGUAAAUCUUUUCAGAGUUUCAAAUCCUUAUUCCUGGAUUUGCUUUUUAUGAAUACAAUCCAGCUGGAGACGACUGGCACACGGUCCAAACAGUGCUAUUUCCAAAUCCUACUUAAGUUGUUAAUAGGGAGCAAUUGCAGUUUCCCACAAUGCAUAUUUUGUCAUGGUGCCUUCCUGCUCUUCAGGCCACAAAGAGAAUCAUAACCAUUUUUUAAUUUGAAGUUUGCAUGCCAGUUCCUUACAGCUUGCUCAAAGUAUUGUUAGAGAUUUCGUUGAGGUUAGCAUUCAAGUCCCAAAGCAAAUGGCAAGGAAAUAAAUUGUGUCAGUUGUACUACACAAGCGAGUGAAAAGUACGGACAAAUGGUUUCUUGGUGCCCUCCAGGCUAAAUUCCUGGUAUCUACUUUGUUGCUGGAUUUCCAUGUUUGUUUGUGUGAAGUAAACUGCUAAUAGAUUUGAGUCACUUCCCCUCUCCUUCCUUGAGCAGUGUCAAGGGUCAGCACUGGACUGGGAGAAGACAUUAAAUAGAGCAGGGGCAGGCAUCCAAGAAGAAUGCAGGGAAGUAAGAAUAAGUGAGGGGAAAUGGAAUUGUUCUUCUAAAUGUCAUCGUCCCCUAAAGCUCUUAAAAAUAGCUCUUGAAUUUAUGAGGAGGUAGCUUGGCAUGAUAGUUAAAAACUGUGCACAUGAGUAAAAAAAUGCUGCAUGUUCUUUGAAAAUUUGACAUUGAGAGGCUGGAGAAGGGGUGGCCGUAACGUUGGCCUGGGGUCUUACUGUGGAGGAAUCAUAACAUUCAAUGCACAUUUGAAAAGAAGAACUAUUUACAGGAAGCCCCACUAUGCUUCCUUCGCAUCUCAAGCACUCUUGACUAGUGUGUGGUCUCUGAAAAAAUGUUGAAUUUGGUGUGUUACCAUUUGCACUGUAUUCUGCUACCGGGUUGCUUUUGUCGGGUAGUCACAGCAGUCAGAUGAAAUAGAGAGAACGCUCAGUGAAAUAAUUUCCCCCAACCAAGAUACCUACCUUUAAAAAGAGGAGCUUGGUGCAUUUGUUCCACAGAUGCAUUUGGACUUCCACAGCGACAUUUUUAUAACUAUUUGUAGUCCUUCAGAGAAAGGCAUUUUCUUUACACUGGCAGCUGCGUGCUCCUUGAAAUGUGUAAAAGUGGAAAGCUAUUCCUAUUACACACAUUCUGGUCUACAUUGAAAGUUGGGCAGGGGACACAAUACAUUCUAGUGUGUUAAGGUCACAAGCAGGGGAUGUGCCUGACUCAGCUCCCUUCCUUAAAAGUGUUUUGCAAGGAACAAAUAGAAGCAGGUUUGGCACCAAAGUGUUUCGACAUUUUUCUAAGGUAAAAGGUGCGGGAGGCAGUGGAAGACAGGAGUGCCUGGCGUGCUCUGGUCCAUGGGGUCACGAAGAGUCGGACACGACUAAACAACUAAACAACAACAAGGUAAAAGGAAGAGAUGGGAGUUUUAUCUUGUAAAAAAAGUCUUCUGUUCCCCAAUCUGCAGAUGUGGGAUAGCAUUUUGCCUCAACUUAUAUCAUGCUGUUCACGAAGGUGUCAUUCAAUGUACCAAUGGAUAUGGAAAAAGUAGUUGAUGAAUAUAAAAAUUAAACGUGGGGCAUAAGCAAAAUGUACUGAUCUAGCUGUCUUCCACAGGUGCCUCUCUCACAAAUUGCCUUCAGCUCUGGCCCUCCACCACAGAUUCUUUACAAUCCAGCUCAGCAGAUUCUGACGUAUGCUGGGUUUUGCCCUUCUGCAGCAACUGUCUCUCAUUAUGCUUCCUACCAUUUACCCCUUCAGGUAUAGUAGAGGAAGAGUUCCACUUCCCUUAACUGUAAAUCAGAUGCACCGUUAUGGCGCUGCUAGACUGUGCUCGUGGCGGCUGUUUGUGUGUGGGGGGUGGUGGUGGUGGUAUGUAUCAGACUAGCACUGAAGGUAGUUUUCAGCACUUUUAAAGUAAUUAUUUACAAAUCAAGUGUUAUAUUGUUUGUUUCUACUACAAUUUAAUAUUAUAUGGCCAGUGUCGCAGGUGCUCUGCUAAGAACACAGAAUCAAAAUUGGAAAGACAAGCCAGAGCUGCAGGAAUGACAUACGAGCCGACAAUUUGUGUGUGGCUGGGUGUACACAGCAGGGAUAGGGAACCUGUGGCCCUCUAGACAUUGCUGAGCACAACUCCCAUCAACCCUGACCACUCAACCAUGCUGGCUGAGGGUGAAGGGAACUGGAGCCCAAUGUUGGGAGGGCCACAGUUUCCCCUCGUAUUCAGUGGUGAAUUAGGCCAUAGAAUCAUAGUGUUGAAAGGGACCACGAAGGUCAUAGAGUCCAUCCCCCUGCAAUGCAGGAAUCUUUUGCCUGAAGUGCGGCUUGAACCCGUGACCCAGAUAUUAAGAGUCUUAUGAUCUACUAGCUGGGCUAUCCCAUUGUGAGUCUCUCUGUGUAUACCAGGGGUCAGCAACCUUUUUCAGCUGUGGGCCGGUCCACUGUCCCUCAGACCAUGUGGUGGGCCAGACUAUUUUUUGGGGGGGAAAUGAAUGGAUUCCUAUGCCCCACAAAUAACCCAGAGAUGCAUUUUAAAUGAAAGCACACAUUCUCCUCAUGUAAAAACACACUGAUUCCUGGACCGUCGGUGGACCGGAUUGAGAAGGCGAUUGGGCUGCAUCCGGCCCACGGGCCUUAGGUUGCCUACCCCUGGUGUAUACCAUAUUUUUCUGUGUCUAAGACAACCCCAUGUAUAAGAUGCCCCCUAUUUUUAGGGACUCCCAAUUUAAGAAAAUAGGGGGGAGAUUGCCCCGUGUAUGAGACGACCCACAGUUUUCCACAUAAUUUUAAAGUAAAAAAACCUAGUCUUAUACAUGGAAAAAUACGGUAUAUUACCGCAAUUAUGCGUAAGUGAUGGGUUUUUAGGGGUUUUUUUACAUAUGUUUAUAUAUAUGCCUAAUGCUCUUUUGAAGUCCAAUUAGCAGCUAAUCACUGAAAACCUUUUGUUUUGCUACAGCCUACCAACAAUUUCCCAACAGCAUCAUCUACUGAUAUUUCUUCAUCCGACGACACUCAGCCACCAUCUCAGUCUAGCUCUAACUAUGGCUUGCCUCCCAAUGCUCCUCCAUUAUAUACACCAUAUUUCCUGUCAGGUGAAAAGCCUCCACCGUACGUACCAUAGUCAAGACACCAAUAUCAACUGGUAGCAGGUUUAAAAACAAAAGCCUUGGCAGAAAUGUGUGCUAACUAGCUAGUGGUCUUUAAGGAGUGUCAUAUUGUGUGGCAUGUUAUUUAUCAGCUUUAAAUCCAAAUAACAUGUUGAUAAGAUAAUGAUUGCAAAACAGGCAGGCAUCAUAGACAGUUGAUCGAUCAGUUAAAUAAUUGCAUGCAGUCCUUUUCAACCUACCUUUUAAACUAACAUGCAUCCCCCUGCACCUACAAAGCAACUGUUAUUUUUAAAACAGAACUAAGAUCUAGGUAGCCACAUACAGCCUGCAUUUGGAUAUUAAUGAUAAAUUUGGUUUAUCAUAAUGGAAAUGAAUUGGGUGAGCCUUGGGUUCGUGACACAACUCGUCCUCUUCCAAUGCAGCUGCAAUGAGAAGUUUAUGCUUUUGUUUCCGUUUCCAGUUAACACAGUUUAAUGUUGUCUGAACCCUAAAGUAUGGUUAAUCUUAAUCAUGGCUUACUGAAAAAAGCCCCCCCAAAAGCUACAGUUAAGACUAACCACAGUUUGUUUGCAAUUGCACGUAACACUACUUUGAUUUGUCAGACACAGAAGCAAGUUUUUGAUAUCCUUCUCACAGUCAUACUGAUUAUAUGGGGACACAUGAACUAGAAGCUUACCUAGAUUUGUUCCUGUAAUAGUUUAUGGUUAUGUCUAAAUGCAGGCGUUGUGUGCUUGGUGGUCCAAAAUACUAGAUGCAAAUAAACAGCCUUUAUAUUGCAAGGGGAUGUCCAUCUCUACCCAGAGAGAAUAGCUAUGCAGAUACACAUCUGAGCUGCAUGUGCAGCAGUUCACUGCACAGUGGCAAAGCCACUUUGUAUGCAAAUCACUUCACAAAGCUGCAAAACUCUGGCUUCUUAGUUUUAUUUCCUUAUUCAUAACAGUUGGGUUUACCUCCAGUUUAGAAUCUAAAAGGGAAAGAUACUUUCAUCUUUCUUUCAUAGCAUUAAUAUCUUCUUUUGGGUGGAUAGGUCUUCCAAAAGAUUGUGACGGUUAUUUUACAAUAAAAUAUAUUGUGUGUAAUAUAUUUGUACUUCUAGUCUAUGCAUGUUAUAGAUGAGAUGAAAUAUCAUAAUUUAAUAUGAACUGUUUUUCCAAAGGGUUAAAAUAUACUGAAGGAUCAAAGUAUUUUAAAAUAUUUGGAUUUAUUCUCUUGUCUCAACAGUUGUACUGUGCAGUAGUUACUACUACUAAAAAUAAAGUUAUCUUUUCCAUAUGCUACAGAUUCAACAAGUGAUGCAGUAUUUAAUGUUGGCACAUAACAAAAGGGGGGCUGUAGUAAAAGCUUCUGUUGCUAUUUACAGGGAAGCAACCUUUGGCAGAGGUUUGGAAUGAGACAGGGAGUGGCUGUGGUUUCAGGAUUUAUCUCAGGAUGGAGUCCACAGGUUACCCAUUUCCAGCUUAGAGUUUUUCACAUUAUGUAGAAUGAGACAGCGGGGUGGGUGGAGGAUAAUGAUGAAGAAAACUUGGGAACAGAGAGGAGGAAAGAGGAAUAGAAAGCAAGCAGGACAUGGAGGCGGUUUAUCCCAGGUAUGUGGAACCUGUGGCCCUUGAGAUGACAUGGGACUCCAACUCCCAUCAACCACAGGCAACAUAUAUCUGGACAGCCACAGGUUCCCCAUUUCUGAAUAUGGUUGAUGGAACAGAACAGGCAAAUAUAAUAAAUGGGACUUUUUAAUGAAAAGUUCAUAAUUCAAUGUAAAGAAAGGAAAUGCACACUUUUUUUGUUUGGAGAGCUGGAACAUAAAAUUCAAAGAAUUGCUAAUUUUGGGAAGUAUUAAUUAGAUCUGCUCACAUUAAAACACAAACC